UCUGGUCACAGCAGGGGCUGGGUUUCUAAGGCAGGCGUGAUCUUUCUCUUCCUACAGACGCCACUGCCGCUAGUGUCUGCGCUGGGCACAGGCAGGGGCAGAGCGCGGGAGAGACAGCGGCUGGCGGGAGGGUUCCCGGCUCUGCAGGCACGCAGCCAGCCAGGGCCUGGAGAGGGUCCCCGACAUCAUGCGAUGCAGGAAGAGAGCGCAAAUGAUAUGGAAUGUGUACAGCUGCCAACAGAGACACUGCGACAAGUGACCAUUCAGCGAGACCCUAUAUAUGGCUUUGGCUUCGUGGCCGGCAGUGAGAGGCCUGUGGUGGUUCGAUCUGUGAGGCCAGGAGGCCCCUCUGAGGACAAGCUCCUGGCUGGUGACCAGAUUGUGGCUAUUAAUGAGGAGGACGUGAGUGAAGCCCCCAGGGAGAGGUUCAUAGAACUCAUCAGGAGUGCUAAGGAAUCCAUCGUUCUUACAGUUCUGCACACUCAUCAGUCCCCCAAAUCUGCUUUCAUCAGUGCUGCAAAGAAGGCCAAGCUGAGGUCCAAUCCUGUGAAGGUCCGAUUUUCUGAGCAGGUGGCAGUUGGAGAAACAGAUGCAAAAAUGAUGAAGAAGGAAGCACUCCUCCUCAUCCCCAAUGUCCUGAAGGUUUUCCUAGAAAAUGGACAGAUCAAGUCAUUCACAUUUGAUGGCCGGACCACUGUUAAGGAUGUGAUGGUAACUUUACAGGACCGUCUCUCCCUGAGGUACAUUGAGCAUUUUGCUCUUGUCCUUGAGUAUACUGGGCCAGAACAGAAUCACAAGUUCCUGAUUCUCCAGGACAAGCAGCCACUGGCUUAUGUGGUACAGCGGACACACUAUCAUGGAAUGAAAUGCCUCUUCCGAAUAAGCUUCUUUCCCAAAGACCCCGUGGAGCUGCUGCGUCGGGAUCCUGCUGCUUUUGAGUACCUAUACAUUCAGAGUCGUAAUGAUGUUAUCCGAGAACGCUUUGGAAUGGAUCCCAAGCCAGAGAUGCUUUUGGGCCUUGCUGCCCUCCACAUCUAUAUCACUGUGUCAGCCACUCGGCCUAGUCAGAAGAUCACACUGAAGAAUGUAGAGAAGGAGUGGGGCCUGGAACCCUUUCUUCCCCCCACCCUCCUGCAGGGCAUCAAAGAGAAGAACCUUCGGAAAUCUCUCUCUCAACAACUGAAGGCCCACCAAAUGCAUCCUUCUAGCAGCACCAAGGGCUCCGCAAUUCAAGCAAAGCUCCAGUACCUUCGAAUUCUGAAUGAACUUCCGACCUUCACUGGUGUUUUAUUCAACACUGUAGGCCUGGAUGAGAAGCAGUCAGCCACCACUCUCCUGGUGGGACCCCGUCAUGGUAUCAGCCAUGUUAUUGACCUCAAAACCAACCUCACCACUGUGCUGUCUGAGUUCAGCAAGAUCAGCAAGAUCCAGCUGUUCCGGGAGAACCAGGGCGUGGCCCGAGUAGAGACCAGUAUCAUGGAUGCCAAGCCUCUGGUGCUGUUGAUGGAGUGGCCUGAAGCCACCAACUUUGCCUGCCUGAUUGCGGGGUACUGCCGCCUUCUGCUGGAUUCCAGGAAGAUGGUCUUCUCCAGGCCUGCCAGCCAGCCUCUUCCGCCUCCUAUGAUAAAGGCAGAUCACAUGCACAGCGCCCAUCGCCCUGUCACUGGGGGCCACCUGGGGAAAAAGGAGAGUAGUUAUGUGGGCAGCGUGGGCGCCAGCCCUAGGAAGUCGAGCCGAUGCACGACGCCGCCUGCCGACUCUGAGCUUGUCAGCUUCUGCUACCUCCACAUGCGGGAACAAAGGAAGGAGCAAGAAAGCAGGACGAAUGUCAACGAGAACCUAAUCUUCUUCGAAGAAACCAGGCCCCGGACCAAGUCCGACCCCACAUCCAAAAGCUCGGGCCAAGGUUAUGAGGUGAUUCCCGAUGACUUUGAUGCAGCCAGCCUAGACCAUGAGCCUUGUGCCAGCAGGGCCCGGUCCUACACUUUGGACAAUUCCCUUGGGGCUGAAGCCCUGAAUUUCUACUGUGACUCUUGCAAAGUCAAACUCCAGGAGCAGCUGGGGCCUCGAAAAAGUGGGAGGCCUGGCUCCUCUCGGGACAAUAUGGUAGAUUUAAUGUCCCUCCCACCACCAGGAAGUGAGGAAGAGGAGGAAGAGGAAGAUGAGACAACUUCUCUGUUGCCAGCCAUUGCGGCCCCACCCCCUGGAUUCCGUGACAACAGCUCUGAUGAGGAUGAUCCCAAGCGCAGGGCUGUUCAAAGUCAGGAGCAAGGACGUCACCUGCGUGGGCUCCUGUAUGAUGAGAUUCCAGUGACACUAAUCGACAGUGUACAGACCCGGACAGUACGAGAUCAUGCCCAGGAGCUAGAUGAUGCUCUGGUGUCUACUCUGCAGGCUCUGGAAGCCCUAGCUGCUUCAGAGGAUGGACCUCACCCCCCACCCCCACAGACUGCAG